AUAUGCCCAAGAAGUUGGAGCUUUCCAUUUCCAGACAUCAGCCAAACAAAAUAAAGGAGUUGAAGAGCUAUUUUUGGAACUCACUCGCAAAAUGUUGACAAGUGCAAUGGCAAAUGACCAACAGCGUGUGAACACACUCACAAGAGGUGGAAAUUCAAGGAAUCUUCAAAUUGUUGAUGAUCAGGCUGCAGCUCCUGCACAGAAGUCAUCCUGUUGUGGUUCCUAAUGUUGAAGACACACAUUAGUCAGCACUUAUAUGUUCUCGAUAUGUAUAUUUAGUGUAGAAUAUCCAUAAGUUAAACCUGGGAAUUUUAUAGAAAAUUUAUGAUCAGCAGUUAUUCACUGUAAGGUAAUGCCAUCCAUAUCCCAUAAAAAGAGAACAAUAAGAACGAGAAAAAGGGGAAGAGAUAUUAACCAAAGACUAAGAAGUUUGAGAAAAUUGUAAUGUUACUCUUUAAAUAUAGAUACUUUAUUAA